CUGACUAUUUUCUUUGUUCAAGUGCCAUAUAAAUACCAGAGUCAGCAGAAGACAAAUGUAGUGGAACCCAGAAACUAGUCUUGAAGUCUCCUCCUCACCAAACACAGAGAGGAGGUAUGCAUUACGGAUACAAAGCAUUAACCCAAGGAAUAUAGUGCAGUUGAGUAGUCCAAAUAGCAAUCUAGAAUUUUUAUCUGAAUAUCCCAUUUUAGGAUGCUUUUCUCCUUACUUCACAAGCAAAGAAUAAUCAUUAGUCAAGAGAGCAUGCUCAAGCUGAAGAACUGGGUAAUUGAAAGAGACACCGAUAUUUUCAACAGCCAUGAUAACCAGAGAAUGAUCUUUUUAUUCUGAUUCAUCAAAGUAUGUGCAUCUCCUCUGAAUUUAGUGCACAGUGUUCUCCUAUUUGUAUCCAAAUUAUGGCCAUGGCCAAGGCUUCCAGUCUCUGCUAGCAUAGAGAACUUGUUACGUUUAGGUAUAGGUAUUCUUGGAACAGCUUUUGGAAAUAACUUUUUCUUCUCCAUUUAUAUAUAUUAGU